AGGACUCACGUGGGUAACUCAAUGGAGGUGGGUGAUCGCAGCAAAAGAUAAUGACCUCUCCACGCGCCUUCGUGUGACCGGUGUCCUCCCGCCACACUCCAUUGCAGUAACAAAUCUUAUUUCUCUCUCUUCUGCCCUAAUUUCAUUCAAAUCUUCCAUUUCUCGCUUCCAAUUCUCAAUAAUCAUCAUCCACUUCAUCCUCUAAUUUCACUCUGAUUCACAAUUCAACAUAUUCCAAUUCGAUACCUUCAGAUUCAUCUUCCAAGAGGAAAUAGCUGGUUUAGCUGAUAUGGGUUCAGAGAGUCUGGGUCCGGUGGUUGAGACAUCAGAAAACAGGUCUUCUGGUAAAAUGAACCAAGGGAAAGCCCCCAGGAGAGUUCACAAGGCUGAACGGGAGAAAAUGAAGCGUGAACAUUUGAAUGAACUCUUUCUUGAUCUUGCCAAUACACUUGAUCUAAAUGAGCAGAACAAUGGAAAGGCUUCUAUAUUGUGUGAAGCUUCUAGGCUGCUAAAGGACUUGCUCUGUCAGAUUGAGUCCCUCAAGAAGGAGAACGUAUCUCUGUUGUCUGAAUCUAAUUAUGUGACCAUGGAGAAAAAUGAGCUGAAGGAGGAGAAUUGUAGCUUAGAAACCCAAAUUGAGAAACUUCAAGGUGAGAUUCAAGCAAGAGUUGCACAGUCUAAACCAGACCUGAAUGCACCUCCUCAUUUGGAACUUGAGCCACCAGAGCAGACAAAUUUUCCUGGACAAUCUAUCCAAGUGCCUACCAUGGAACCUACCUUGCCGCAAGGACCUGCGGUUUUGGUUGUUCCCUUUCGCCCCGAUCUUCAAACUGCUUUUCCGGUUCCUAAUAUAUCUGAGCUCAUGCCAAAACCUGCACCUGUUGUCAGCAAACCUCAUGCCAGGUAUCCUACACCGGCAGAUUCAUGGCCCUCAAAGCUGCUUGGAGAGCAACCAACUUCAAACUAAACUUGUUAAUUUGUAGAGUUCUAGUUUCAGUAUUGGUAUAACCUGCCAAUGACCCUUUACUAAUAGCAAUGCCGCUUUGUUUCUUUGUAGCUUUCGUAUAUAAAUUCUAUAGAUUCAAUGAUCUUAGAGUUGGAUUGAAUUCCAGAAAGUGAACUGAAUAGCAGUUAAAUCCGUUGGGGAUCUCAAACUUCAGAAUAGCAAACUGUUUAAGGGACUCUCAUCGUGAAGACGUGAACAAUAAAAUACAAGACACUUUUACUCUCAUCUGUUUAGAAAAUAACAAUCCUAAUUUACUUUUGGCUCAA